UGGUGCCCGGCCUCACUACUCUCCACCCUCCACCGUCCACCCUGUCCGCCGUGCCUGUCUCAACCUGCUGAACAUCUCACAUGCCUCAUGCCCGGUCGUCGUUAACCUAUUAACUCAACGCUAACGCUGCAUAUAUUCACAGAAAAGGAUGGACGUGUUACCUGACGACGUGUUGCUGAUUCUGAUGCGGCACCUCGAUGUGCGGAGCCUCUUGACAUGCCGCCUAGUGUCCAAGCGGAUCGGGGCUUUCGCUUUUCACCCUCAUGUGUGGCGGCAUCGACAACUUGGGCGGAAUCGUUAUUCAAACAGCCCAAGAAGCUGCGAAAUCAUGGACUCUUACGAUGCGCCGCUGGUGCUACGUCUGGCGCCGUGCUUGCGAAGUAUGAGAAUCGAGCUUUCUAAGGGCAGUUACUGUGCUAAAGAGCUAAGGCCGUACUUCACGACGAGGUGUGCAGCGGCAGAGUUGAGACUGACUGUUGGCUCAAACACUUGCACGAGAGCUGCACUGAUGAUCCGCCACCAAGAGGCCUUGGGUCGGCUAAGGCGCCUUGACAUCGACAUCGGGCACUCUGUAUCUCGUGAUGAGGCCUCCCUGUUGCUGAUGACAGCUGCCUCGCCCGUCGUCCUGGAGAAGCUUGUUGUUCGCCAUUAUGCUGCGUGGGAAGGCCACCCGACCCUGGUCAAAGCUGUUUGCCCCAGGGCCACGUCCGUGUCGUCAUUGAAGUGUUUCGACAGCGAUUUUAGGCCGGGGCUCCAACGCUUCUGUGACACUGUGCUGGCCAGGCACGCCGCCACUCUGACCGAGGUUUACCUUCGUCGUGCAGUUCCACGCCUGGCCUCGACCUCGACCUUGACGGCGUCCCUGCUGGCCGACCUGCCGAACCUUCGCGUCCUCCACUGCCCCCAGCUCCCCGGGAUGGAGGCCAUGGUGAAGUGCGGGUCGCUGACCGUCCUGACCCUCGUCAUUGACACCCCAAUGCUGCCCGUCCCCGGGACCACGAGCUUCGUCGGCCGCCUCAAGCAGCUGCGCGAAGUCCACCUCACGCUGCCCGCCUCCAACGUCGGCCUGGAUCUGGUGCACGCCCUGGCCAGGUCCCGCGUGGAGACGCUGACGGUCCAGAGCAGCACCUGCUACGACGUGGCAGAGUCUCUCCCUCAGCGGCGGCCGCCCCUCGGCGCCUUCCCCAUGCUGCCCUUGCUGCGCCGAGUGCAGCUGAACGGCGUGGCAGUGGAUGUGGACGAGCUGCUGCUGAGCAUCGGUGCCAAGACGACCCCGGCUCUGCGGAGCGUUUGGCUGAGGCCGGGGCCGGGAUCGCCUCUCCGAUGCCCCCACUCCUGGCUGCACAGCGAGGCAGUCCACAUGGCCCUGGCGAGGAACCCCCUGCUCCACGUCGAGAUCGCGACAGAGCCUCACUACCCUCCCUCCAACUGCCCGCACUGCAACAAAUGCUUGUGGCUGGGCUGUCACCAGGAGCUGAGGGGCCCCAGAAGUGGAUCAUCACCCCGCCUCCUCGGUGUUUUCUCACAUGACCCUGAACUAAAAUGCUCGUGUCCAGAGUACCACACUCCCGAUGACCACUGGUUCCACAUUCCUGGUAAAUAAGAAGACAUGAUCCCCUGAUUUGAUGAUGUUGAUAAUUCACCUGGCUUUGAAUAUGUUAUCUGAAGAUUGUAUGUUAGUCUAAGAAGUCACUGUUACAUAUUUACCUGUUUUUAUGUUACAUCUUAAAUUUUCUGAACGUACAGGGCAGUUUCUGUGCUAGUAUACGUAUAGUAUACGUAUACGGGGCACACACACUAUAGCUUAUCUGAUUUUGUUAAAAAUGUUAUUUAAAAUGUUAAGCAUUCCGUGCGUCCCUGUCUUCGCUCCACUUUGAAAAAUGGCGCCUUCUCAUGCCUGCGCAGGCGCAGACGGCGCCGACUUGGCGGGAGGUUGGCAACGCUGAGCUGAGCGGAUAGGCUUUUGUUCUCUUGUUGUUGUUUGUUGUCUGGGCUGUCUGCUAGUGGUAAUGCAGAUUGUGCAUCUGUUUAGAAAUUCUACAUUUUUUUACUUUUUUUACUGUCAAUCCUCAACGAAACUUUGGAAACUUUCAAAAUGUUGUCCCCUCCAACACCAACAAAUGCAAGAAAAGGAACAACAGUUGCCCCCAAGAUAGAAACAAUGCAACAAGGAUCUGCAACAGGCAACCCUCGCAACAAAGUGGCGCUGGCCCCCGGCCACUCGCUCAUGGACUGGAUCCGCCUGGGCAACUCGGGCGAAGACCUGACCGGGGUGGGCGGCCGCCUGCAGGACGUGACCCCCGAGCAGCUCGCGCGCCACUGCCGGCGGGACGACGCUUGGCUGGCCAUUCGAGGCAAUGUAUACAAUGUAACACCUUACAUGAAUUUCCAUCCGGGUGGUGUUGAAGAACUAGAGAGAGGCAUUGGGACAGAUGCUACUAAACUUUUCUCUCAGGUUCAUGCUUGGGUGAAUUAUGAUUCUAUCCUCAAGAAAUGUCUGGUUGGUCGCUACCGACCAAGGACUACUGAUUCCAUUCCUGCAACUGACGGAAGCUCCCCUUCUUCAUCAGAAGUUGGACUUGGUGCAUUUUUGGCCACCAAAGAAGAAAAGGAGAAACAUAAUGCAAAUCGAAAUACACCACUCCAGCCUCCUCAAAAAAAGCUUCGAUAUGACUGGUAUGAACAAGAGGAGAGAGGAUCUGUUGUUUUAUACUGUCAGACACAAGAGCCAAGUAUAAAAGUUACCUUAGGUGAUGAUAACCAGAAUUUGACCAUAGUAGUUAGUGAAAAAGAUGCGUCACAGUCACUCCACUUUUUACUAGAAAAUACUAUUGUUUGGCCACCAAGACUAAUACAAAUCCCAAACUCUAGUAAGGUGGAACUCCAAUUGAAAAAGGUUAAACCAGGUCACUGGAAAACCCUAGGACUUCCCAUUCAAAAAUCAGACCAGGAAAUGGGAGAGCCUGUGUCUUAUUCAAAUUAUUCAAAAAUGAAAGUUAGUGAUAUUUUUUCAGUAAAUUAUAAUACCAAAAUAUUAGCUCUGUCAUACUUGGAACAAUCUUUCUCUACGACUCCUGUUGGCCAUCAUGUUAGGGUACACAAUACCUUUGAAGGUCAGGAAGUUGAACGAUGUUACACACCUAUAUGCAAAAGCAUGGUAGAUUUGCCCACUGAGGAGGACCAAGCACACCUUUAUUUGAUGAUCAAAGAGUAUAAAGAUGGUUUAUUAAGUUCUUGGCUGGCAACAAGAUCUAUUGAUGACAUUAUAGAAGUCAGUUCUUCAGAAGGCAGUUUUCAAACAAGUUGUUUUACCAACAGAAAAGAGUUAUAUUUAUUUGCAGCUGGGACUGGCUUCACCCCUAUGGUUGGUGUAAUUAAUUGGGCUCGAAGGAUCAUUAUAGGGAAAUGCACAAAGAUCAGUCUCACAUUCUUCAAUCGGACUGAGAAAGACAUAUUAUGGAGAGAUGAACUUGAUAGACUGGCACAGAAAGAUUCUCGAUUUACUGUUUCCCAUGUAUUAUCUGAGGCUGAUGAAUCUUGGACCGGUUUAAGAGGACGGAUGGAUGGGGAGUUAUUACGAUCUCAAUUGCCUUCAAGAAAUCCACAGGAUGACCCCAAAACUUUUGUUUUUGUUUGUGGACCUACAGCUUUUACUCAAUUAACAGGAGGGCUACUUUCGGUGAUGGGUUACUCCAACAAAGACUACCAUUGUUUCCAAGGCUAAUUCAGACUUCAACUGAACUUUGGGCUAAAUUCAUAUCAUGUGGAAUACAUAGUUUGAAUAUUCCAUGGCCGUCUAGGUAUCUGUUAUUCAGAAGAGCACAUUAUGUUUUUUCCAUGUUGAGUGCACGUCAAUGCCAUUGACACUUCCUACGUUUCUUUCAACCUGUUGUUGAUACCUUCUAAAACAUCAGCUUUCUUUGUGACGGAGACUAAAACAUGAGUAUUCCAACUGUUUUCUUUACAUGCAUGCGUUAAUAAAUAAUCCUCAAUACCUGAUUAUUCUUAGUGCAAUAACGGAUUUACAGGGUAAAAAUUUUAUCAGUUAUAUUAGCGAUGUAAUCUAUCUUUAGUAUAUGAUCUAUUUUUUACUAAAUCUGUUUGUCAAAGAGGAGGAAUAUGUGUACUGUACCAUGGAUUUUUUAUUACUCCUCAAUUUUCUCGUAGCAACUUAAAUUCAGAUUCCUAUAACUCUUCAGAUUUGUUUCCCAGAUAGUCUUCUUUUUUGGGAAGAAACAAGGCAGUCGCCAGUCACAUCCUGCCAACAUGCAUGUGUUAUUAGAAUAAAAUAAUCUUAUCUAACAUAGGUUGUUCAAAGAACCAAGUACCUAUAGAUAUUUUAAAAAGAUACUAAUCAACUCUGCCAAAGUUUAAGGCACAACCUGUGAUUCUUUGCACUUAUCAUUUUAAUCUUGAAAUUUCUAUAUAGGACCAACUUUUAUUCUAUUAUAUAAUUUUUAAAUUUGGCACUAGUGGCAUAAGUUCAUUGAAAAAUGUGAUAUGCUGACAAGCUUUUAGCACCAUAGAUUGAUUCAAAAUUUUAAGUAGAAAUGAGGUACGUAAUUCCCUUUUCUUUUCUUUUUCCUUUUUUUGUGGUAAACAAUCAACAAUCUCCAGACUAAUAGUGAAAAUUAAUAUGUUUAUGUGAGAUUAAAGAAAAUCAAGAAAUAAAGUUAGUGCAAUGUAAGAAAAA